CAAAGCCCAAACACGCCACCGAAAAAUAAGGAGCGGCCAAAUCCCUUCCCCCGAUUCAGAUUCCCCAAGACCGUCUCGCAUCGCAUCCAUGGGUUGGCGUUGGCACGACGACGGCGAGGGCGACGGUGGCCGCGGCGGGCUCGGCGACGCCCCCGACCUGGCCGGCCGAGGCGGCAGCGAGGGGAAGCACCUCGGCACGCGCCGGGUGGUGCAGUCCCGCUGCCACACGGAGGAGGUGGAGCCCGGCCGCUUCGUCCGCAAGUGCGAGAAGACCGAGCAGCUCCUCCGCGACUGCGUCGGCAGGCCCUCUGAGCUGGUGGAAUCAAAAACUGAGAACACCGAAGAAGAUGUCACAGAUGAAAUGACCGGUGGUGCCUCGCGUUCUCUUGGCUUCCCAACACAAGAGCCCUUUGCAUUUCCAGGACUUCGCAGUGACAUAGAAGCUAUUGAGAAAGGCUUCGGCAGCUUUCUGGAUGAAGCUGAGCGGAUGACCAAUGAAUUCUUCAAAUCUUUUGGAUUUCCACCCCCUCAUGACGGGGACUCGAGACCAUUUCCUAGGCAACCUGCAGAGAGGCAUAUUGGAGAAGGUACUGCGAAGAAGCCCAAUGAGAAUGAGUAUUCCGAAUUCGGUAGCCAGAUAACAGAUGUGUAGCAAUCUACUGUCGUUCGCUGGGUAUCUAGGGUAGUGAAGUGGUUUCUCUUUUGAACACUUUAUAAUGGUUAUAACAGGAUGAUGCAGAAUCAAAAUUUACUGAUUUUAUCUGCACAACUAUCAUAAGUGUACAACUUUUGGUUGUAGGGGCAUCCUCUAUUGUUCUUUUUUCAGACGCUUCAGCUUACAUUUUAGUUUGGCAUGGAA